UAGGUAGUCAUAACGACGCCACCUAUCCAUCGCGUAUAGGUAAUCAAGUCAGUGUGCUGCCGGCAACGUACGAAACAGGAAUAGUGACGCCGGACACGACUUACACCAUAAAAAAAUGGGAAAAUUCAAAUACUUGUUGGCCAUCUUGGUCGCAUUUGUGCUGGUCGUUUACCAGAAAAUUGCCAUUGAUAUUGUGGAGCCCGAAACAAUGCCCGUGGACGUUUGUUGGGGAUCCGAUUCCGGCCGGACGAAAGACCGUAGCAAUGCCAAAGAAGUUCGACCAUUUGUGAUUAACGUCACGUCUGAAGUCAUCGCAGACUUGAAGAACAGGCUGUCAAACGCCAGACCGAUCGUAAAGCCGUUGCGGAGCGUGAAUUUCGAGUACGGCUUCAACGGCGACCACUUGGCGAAGAUCAUUGACCACUGGUCGAACCGUUACGAUUGGACCGCCAGACAGGCGUACCUGAACUCGUUGCCGCAGUUCAAGACCAACAUUUUCGGUCUAGACUUGCAUUUCAUACACGCAAAACCCCCAGCGCAGACCACGGCCCGAACGAUCCCGCUGCUCUUGCUGCACGGGUGGCCCGGAUCCGUCGUCGAGUUUUACAAAAUCAUUCCGAUGCUGACCACCCCGGUGGCUGGUCGCAAUUUCGUUUUCGAAGUGGUAGCGCCCUCGUUACCGGGUUACGGGUUUUCGGACGCGGCCGCUCGGCCCGGCAUGGGUCCGGCACAGAUGGGCCAAAUGUUCGUCAAGCUCAUGGAGAGGCUUGGCCACGAAAAGUUCUACGUCCAGGGCGGCGAUUGGGGAGGAGUCAUAACCGAGGCGAUUUCGAAGUUAUUUCCCCACAGGGUAUACGGCAUGCACUCGAACAUGUGUUCGUCGACUUCGUCUUUGACACUCAACGAUUAUGUUCGAUUGCUGUUGGGAACUUACUGGCCUUCAAUAAUCGUCAGCAACGAGAAUGAAAAAUCCCGGACCUAUCCGCUGAGCAAGAUGUUUUUCGGGUUCCUCGAAGAAUCCGGAUACAUGCAUUUGCAAAUGACCAAACCCGACACAGCAGGAGUUGCUCUGAACGAUUCUCCGGUCGGCUUGGCAGCUUACAUCUUGGAAAAAUUUUCCACCUGGACAUCCACGGAUUACAAAAAUCAACCAGACGGUGGCCUGUCCAAGUUCAACACAGACGAACUGUUGGACAACGUCAUGGUAUACUGGGUCACUGGUUCGAUGACCACGUCGAUGCGCCUGUACUCGGAGUACGCCAGUAACAAAUAUCGAGCUCUUCCUCACAUAAUGGCCAAAGUUAAGGUUCCAGCAGCAUGUGCUGUUUUUCCAAACGAGAUGCCGAUAGCGUUGGCAUUGAAGACACUUUUGAAUAGUAAAUUCGAAAAACUGAUCAGAGUUACAGAGAUGAAGGCCGGCGGACAUUUCGCCGCGUUCGAACAACCCAGACUGUUGGCCGAUGAUAUCUGGUUGACGGUUUACGAGAUGGAAACCAUAAGAAUCAAUUUAGUUUAACAUUAUUUAUUUAUGUUUUGUACACCGCGAUAUUCUCACAUUUUUUUUAGGAACAUUUUUUUUUAAAUUCUGUCCAAGGUAUUUUUUUGUAAUUUUCGAUCGCCGAUAACUGGAAGGAGCGAUUCUAAUUUUGUCGGCUUUUUAACCAUAUUUUCUGGUGAUAUGCGUCUGUUUCCUGUAAUAAUAAAACAUUUUUUUUUUUUGUAAGGCUUUAAUAUAGUAUGUAUGAAUAAUAUUUAUUCGAUAAAAUCACAUAUUAAUAUGUUAAAUGAUUAAGAGCAGUGUUGGGAAUAGAUAACUAAAAAAUUAUCUAGAUAAGAUAAGAUAAUUUUAACAAAAUAUUAUCUAGAUAAAAAUAAAGAUACCAUAAUUGUAAUUUAUCUAGAUAAAGAUAAAUACAACAAUACAUUUAUCUAUAUAAAUAUCUAGAUAAAUAUAAUUUUUUUACACUUAUUUUUAUUGUUUUUAGUAUUUUUGUAACAUUAGAUUUAUAUCAAUAUAAUGACAUAAUAUUUAUAAUAACAACGAAUUGAGCCUUUAAAAUACAGUUCUACGAAGUUAAUUAAAAUUUACUUUUAAAAUGGACGGGGAAAUAAACAUAUACUUAAUUAAUUUUAAUAUGCUUAUUAUAUCUAGAUACUCUAAAAGAUAAUUUAUUUCAAAAAAUCUUAUCUAGAUAGAUAAUUUUAUCUAGAUGAUUCCCAACACUGUUUAAGAGGGCAUAUUCGUUGCCUCUGUUUUACUCACGCAUCUUGCAUAAUAUACUAUAUUUAUUUAAAUACAAGUAUAAGUACAGACGAA